AUGGAGAACCUCGUCGACAAGCUGAACAUUCCACUGUGUGGGGACCCGCCCAAUGCUUCUCUGCUCGCGCGACUCGCUGAACUGUCUGCGCUCAGACUCCUCAAUCAUGUCCACCACGCAAUGUACGCAGAAGGCCAUGAGUACUUGCUGCAAGCAAACUAUAUCGCGUACGCAUCUGACAGUCAAGAUGACGGAUCCAUUCACAGAGCAAUGAGCUCCUCCCUGAAGGUCUCGAUGGAAUUGGACGGGAAUUGA